GACAAGUUCCAGAUCCAGUUCGAAGCUCGAAGAGCAGCUAAUCGAAUCGACGCUGAGUGAAUUGAAUAGAGAUAUAGACUCGGUUUAGUCUAUUUGAAGAACAGUGCGGGCUGAACAGCAGCAGUGCAUGACUUGCCAUUUGCAUAGCUAAAAAUAUAACGAAAAGUAAAUACUUUGAACCGCAUUUGCAAUUGAGAAGGGAUCCGAGCAGCAGCAGCACCAGCAGUGUGGCGUCAUGAGCACCGCGACACCCAAGUGGAUUAAGCAGCUGACAUCAGCGGAGCGACAGCAAUUCUUCGAUUCCUUUGAUGUGGUCUUUUGUGAUUGCGAUGGUGUUGUAUGGUUUACUUUGCGUGACUUUAUACCUGGAGCCGCUCAAGCUUUGCGUGAGUUGCAGCAGCGUGGCAAGCAGUUGACAUUUGUGACCAACAAUAGCAUCUGCACAGUGGAGCAAUUACUGCAAAAGUUUCACAAUCAGCAGUUGCAGAUUGAGCGGGAGCAGCUGCUGCAUCCGGCGCAAUCGGUGUGCGAUCAUUUGAAGUCGCUGAGCUUUGAAGGACUCAUCUACUGUCUGGCUACGCCGCCAUUCAGGCAGCUGCUUAGCUCAGCGGGCUUUAAGCUCUGCCCAGAGCCUGAAUCAUUGAGCAUUUGCAGCUUAGCGGAUUUGCGUGCUGCCAUCUACGACGCUGAGCCUGUCCAGGCGGUGGUGAUUGAUGUGGACUUUAAUCUUAGUGCAAGCAAAUUAAUGCGCGCACAGCUGCAGCUACAAAAUCCUAACUGUCUCUUUCUAGCCGGCGCAGCUGACGUUAAAAUACCCUUUGGUAAAGCUGACAUUAUAGGUCCUGGUCCCUUCAUCGACAUCUUGGCCCAUUCGACCGCUCGUCAACCCACUGUGCUGGGCAAACCAGGCGCUGCCUUGCGCCAGCUGCUGCGUCAACGUUUCGCCCACAUUCCUGACCAUCGCGUGCUCUUCGUGGGCGAUAGUCUCGAUAGCGACAUUGGGUUCGCCCGUGCCAGCGGCUAUCAGACGCUGCUUGUGCUCACGGGCGGCAGCAGCGCCCAAGAUGUGGCCAGCCUUGCGCCCGGCCACGCCCAUUUGCCGGACUAUAUCGGCGACUCUCUGGCUGAUUUGUGUGAGCAUUAAUCAAGCAGUUAUUCGUGCUUCUGUUCUAUUUUUAGAUAAUCAGCAGCAAGAUAACAAUCUAAGCUUAUAAAUGAACUUGAGCUUUCAAAAUACAGUACAGUCUCCAUAGAAAGACUAGCGAUAAUAGUUUUUUGAAACCCCAAUUUAGUUU